GGGGAAUUGGGGUUAACACGCGUGCGCAGUAGGCUCUUCAGGCAACUGUUACGCAAAUGGUGGAGAAGAAACCCUCGGUUCGCUCCCAGGACCCUGGACAGCGGCGGGUGCUGGACCGGGCAGCCCGACAGCGAAGGAUCAAUCGACAGCUCGAAGCUUUAGAAAAUGACAACUUUCAGGAUGACCCUCACGCAGGCCUCCCCCAGCUGGGCAAGAGGCUGCCUCAGUUUGAUGAUGCUGCAGACACAGGAAAGAAAAAGAAGAAAACUCGAGGUGACCAUUUCAAACUUCGUUUCCGGAAAAACUUCCAGGCUCUGCUGGAGGAGCAGAACCUGAGUGCAUCUGAGGGCCCCAACUACUUGACAGCCUGUGCUGGUCCCCCAUCCAGACCCCAGCGCCCCUUCUGUGCUGUAUGUGGCUUCCCAUCCCCAUAUACCUGUGUAAGCUGUGGUGCCCGGUACUGCACGGUGCGCUGCCUGGGCACCCACCAGGAGACCAGGUGUCUGAAAUGGACUGUGUAAACCUGGCAUCAAGGAGAGGAAGUCCCUCCAACCCUUACCCCAGAUCACCCUCAAAGGACAGAGAAAGGAACUGUUCAUUCACCCAGCAAAGUUGUGUCCUGGCAACCACAGACCCCAGGGACUGUUGUAGGGUUGUUCCAGCCCAAAGAGUGCUG